AUGGAUUCUUCAUCUUCCUCAUCAUCAUACUCAUAUUCGCAAUAUCAUGAUCUUGGUUUCAAUGAGAAUGACACUGAGGACAUGCUUCUUCUUAAUGUUCUAUCCGAAGCCAAAGAAGAUUCAUCAUCUAAUAAUAUUCAUGAAGGAUCAUCAAAAGAAGUGGCUACUAGUUAUAGAGGUGUAAGAAGGAGGCCAUGGGGUAAAUACGCGGCUGAAAUAAGGGAUUCAACUAGAAAUAGUGUUAGGGUUUGGUUAGGAACAUUUGACACUGCUGAAGAAGCUGCAUUGGCUUAUGACCAAGCUGCAUACGCGUUGCAUGGGAGAAUGGCGGUGCUAAAUUAUCCAGUGGAGAUGGUGUAUCGAUCGUUGAUGGAGAUUGAUUGUAGAUUUGAAGAUGGAUGUUCACCUGUUUUAGCUUUGAAGAAAUGGCAUUCUAUGAUGAAAAAGGGUAGUAAUAAGAAGAAGGAAGAAAAAGAAAUGAGUUGUGAAAAUGUGUUGGUUUUAGAGGAUUUAGGUGCUGAUUAUUUGGAGGAAAUUUUGAUGUUGUCUGAAAGCAAUUCCUAG